GUGAUACACACACAAUCCUACCCAACUCCUGUACAUUGUGUUUGUCACGUCAAAUUGUCUGCCAGUGUGCCAAAGCUCUCUGCUACACGAGUUCAUUUUGUUACACUCUCCUCGGCUAAAUCUAUGCCGGCGUCACUUCCGACCCUGUCCUGACAUCUUACAUAAGGAGCUUGUUAAGGAAAGGACACGACGAGCCUGUGCUCAGUUACCGCAGGUUAGUUGGCUGAUGUUUCUGCCUGAUGGAAGCCGAAGGCAUCGGGGGACAGCGGCCAUGUGACCACGGAUGCAAGGAUUGGUUUAGUGCAGCUGUGACAUCGGCAAUCCACCCGUUCCCUCCCACCUUCCUCUCAAUCUUCCUCGCUCUCCUUACAGCUCUGUUCUUCCUUUGCCUUUCCUCAGCAUCUCUCCUCUAAGGGAUGGCGUGCGUCGGUGAUACCAGGGCGUCCAGGACUUAGCGUGCACUGACGGCACCCCUUUUUCCAGGAUUUGCUGGAUAUCCCCAAGCGUCCCCCGCUUUCUCUUACUCUCCACAGCGGCUGUCGUUCACCCCCCCCCCCCCCCCCCCCCCACCCCCACCCCCCAAACCCUCCACCUCUGUAUAUGGGAGUUGAGCCUCUGGGAGUGGAGGGAGUCAACCUCAGUGCUUCGCCGGGGAGCCGCGCACAAAUAGCCAUGCCCUGCCCAGUCAUCCUUUGACCAGCUGGAAUCAUUUCCACUUCUCUAACCAUCUACACACCAGCGACAGUAUAGGAUGAAAAUCUGCAACCAUGAUGCAAGGACUGAAAAAACGAACCAGGAAAGCCUUGGGCUUACGAAAGAAAGACAAGGAUACAGAGACGACGAGCUCACCUGACAAAGAAGGAACUGGAAGUGGAAAGAAAGGAAACAAAAAGGCUAAUGGCGCACUCAACGGUUUCUAUGGGGAAUUUGACUGGGACAGAUACGCAUCUCCUGAUGUGGAUGAGGAGGGUUUUAGCCAACGUCCUGGGGAUGAAGGUGAUGCAGCUUCCGCAGGAAAGCAGUUUUUCUCCUCCAGUGAAUCCGAGGACGAUGAAGAAAUCAAGAAAAAGUUCAAAAUCAAGAUCAAACCACUGGUGUCUGAGAGGGCCAAGUGCGUCCCUCCAUCUGUGGAUGAGCUUAAAGCCUCAGUGGGAGGUUUGGCGCUCUCUCCGUCUCUGAAGAGAAGUCCGAGACGCAGCCUGGGACAGAUAAAGCGGCACCUGUCAUGUGAAGAGAUUGCUCGACCCAGACGUUCUACCCCAACGCCAAGUCCUGCCCCUGACACCCCGAGUGACCGGCUAGCACAGAACAUUCCUGCCUUCUUUGGACAUCCCUCAGAGACACAAUAUGCCAGAUAUGAUGUGGUUCCUGCCGACGUCUGGGGAGGAUCAAGGCCAAAGUCGGAGUCGCUUUUGAGCAGAAGUUUCCCAACAGGAGCUCCUCCUCCGCUCCCUCCCAAAAACAUCGUAUCGCGGAGUCAAGGCUAUCCUUCACAGUCCGCUGUUGAUUUACCCAACGGAAGAGCAACUUGCAGUUCUGCCCCCAUCUACCUGAGCAUCCUGUCCCCCUCUUCGUACCGAGGCUGCCCUGCCCCUGACCUCGACGAUGUGUUCGGCCCCGUGGGCAGCCCACGCGCCGACGAGCACACCGUGUCCACCACCAGAUGGGUUACUUUUACAAAUGACAGACCUCCACCACCAGAUGAGCCCGCGCCGCCCCCUCCGCCUGACUCUCCUGCCCCAGACACACCCUCGUCCACACCCUCCACCCCGUACCUCUCACCUGGACCGCCUCCCAUUGAACCCCCGCCUUCGCCGCCGGUGUUCUCGACGGAUUCUUUGCCUUCUUUCACACCACUGGACUCACCGCCUUCCAUCAUGCUCGGACCUCCUCCCCCAGAUGAACCAGCCCCUCCCCUGCCGCCUUACUUCACUCCCACAAGUUCACCAGUAGUCUGCCUUGAAGAGGAGGCGAUUGAUGAGGAGGUGCUGCAGUUUGUACAUUACACACCCUCCCCGUUAUCAAUCAGUCCUGUGCCUCCUCUGCCAGCGGAGAGAAAGUCCCCUCGAGCAGGAAUUAUAUCGCCCCUGGUUUUGGGGGCAGCGGGGGGGAAAUGGACUCCAGAGGGAGGGAACCUGAGGGAUGACGUCUCAGACUUCACUGGUUCACCAAGAGAGCUAACACCGAGCUUCCGUGGAACGCCACCUCCUCUUCCUCCAACCACAUACCGAUCGAUUAUGUCUUCACCAGGGCCUUACUCAGGUCCGCCUUCGCCAGCCCGUUCUGCCACGUCACAGUCCCAAGGCAGUCCGGUCCCUCCUCCCCCUCCCCCACGGCCUUCCUCGCGACCAAAGUUGCCCCCAGGAAAACCGAUCCCAGACCUGACUCGACCCUUAAGUCCUCCCGUGUCGGGAAGCCCUCCACCUUUCGCUCCACUGGCUCGGGCAGAGAGCUCUUCCUCCAUCUCCUCCAUAACGUCACAGAGCGCGGCGUCCACGCCUACCUUAGGGAGGGACCUCUACUUAUCCAACACAGGAUGCUCAAGAGGCCCCAGCCCACUUACCAUGGGACCCCAAGACACUCUGCCAGUUGCAGCUGCCUUCACAGAAACUAUCAAUGCCUACUUUAAAGGCGCUGACCCCAGCAAGUGUGUCGUGAAGAUCACAGGAGAACUAGUGCUCUCCUUCCCUGCCGGCAUCACCAGGCAUUUCGCCAGCCACCCGACUCAACCGAUCCUCAUCUUUAGCAUCAGCAACUAUACCCGACUGGAGCAGGUCCUCCCCAAUCCGCAGCUGCUGUGCAGCGAUUCCCCAACAGACAGUCUAGACACCAAGGAGUUCUGGGUGAAUAUGCAAAACUUGAUGAGUCAUCUUAAGAAAGUGGCUGAGCAGAAGCCUCAGGCAACAUACUACAAUGUGGAUAUGAUCAAAUAUCAGGUUUCAGCAGACGGGAUCCAGUCCACCCCUCUCAAUCUCGCUAUGAGUUGGCGUGGCGAUGCCAAUAACACAGACCUCAGAAUAGACUACAAAUACAACACAGAGGCGAUGGCAAGUCCAGCUCCGCUUCACAACAUCUACUUUCUGGUUCCUGUGGAUGGAGGCAUAGCCAAGCUCCAGGCUAUGGUCCCACCUGCCACCUGGAAUCCAGAGCAGCAGAUGAUACAGUGGAAGAUUCCCAGCCUUUCUCAUAGGUCUGAAAACGGAGGAGUCGGGGCUCUCCUGGGCCGCUUCCAGAUGACAGCGGGUCCAUGUAAGCCCUCCCAGCUGGCGGUUCACUUCACCAGUGAGGGGAGCACAAUGUCCGGUUGUGACAUCCAGCUGCUCGGAACUGGCUACAGGCUGUCCCUGAUUAAGAAGAGAUUUGCUGCAGGGAAAUAUUUGGCAGAUAAUUAGCGGACCUCCCUAUGCGCACAACCAGGGGGAUCCAUGCUUUUUGACUCUGAAGACAAGGAACGCAUCCUCCGUUUGGUGUACUUUCAACUUUAUAGAGCAUCCAUCAGUGGAAAUACGACUGAUGAGCGUAUGCAAAAUAUUUAGUUUGUUACUUGAAACACUUUUGAGCCCUAAAGGAGUGAAAUCCUAAUUUAUGGAUGCAUACAGUGAUGCAGCCAAACCUCCCUACUUUUGUCUUACUUGUUGUCAUUGUAAAUUUACUGUAAAAGAUUAUAGAUUAUAUAUUACGACCGGAAUCUUGAGGUGGAAAAUGUACAAACAUGUAUGAUAGUGUUACUUUCCCAUGGAAUGAUAUUAAAUUAUAGAUUGUUAUUGAUCAAAUUUUUAAUCCCACCUCCAGUCCCAUUUGUUUUGAAUGACUUAUCUUUCUCAUCCUAUUUUUCUGUAUGCAGCCUCGGAAAUGGCACCUCAUAAAACAACAACUGCUUUUGCAGCUUUACUUUUCAUUGUUUUAUGAAUUAUUCGUACGUAAAACUGGAACUUGCUGUCUACUAGCAAGGGAACAGUUUCAAUCAGACUCAAAUGAAUUAAUGUAUCAUAAGGAUGCUUCUUUUGUGUGCACAAAUUCGACCAAAAAAAUAAGCACUUUCUGUAAUUCAUUAUCCCUACAUACAAAAACUCUCCUGUGCUAAAUCUGAAAUUUAGUGGCGAUAUUUUAAAAACAGGAAUUGUUUCCCGCUCAUUUCAGAGGGUUGCAUGGACAAAGAGCAAAGAUUGGCAGUCGAUCAGCUGCAGCAGUUUGACAUAGACAACAAAAAUAUCACUUCAACACUGUGAUUAAAAAAAAAAAAAAAAGAAUCUUGACUGCGUGUGACUGAUGAAAAGCUCGUUUUUCACUUUGUGUUUCUUGUCUGAUUGAGCCUUAAGAUCUACAAGGGAAAAGGAGGAAAACAGAGGUUGUAAUUGAAAUAGUAAUGCUGUAUUGGGAAAAUGUUAUGCCGCUUGAUGGUCGUUAGAGUAUAUGGAGGUCGGUCUUGGUUAAAUGGCGGACAUCAGAAAAAGUGGUGAAUGUUUUCCAGACAAAACAUGACAGAAACCGCAUACAUAUUUACCCGCUGUAACUCUUUUUAUUUUCACCCUGUUGAUUCUAUGUUAAAUGAUUUUUCCAAUAGCAAUAUUUCAAUAUUUAAGUGUAAAAAGUGUAGAUAAAGAGUUAUGGUUGAAAUAUUUCUCUAGGCAUAUGGAUAUGUGUUUGUGGUUGUUUAUUGAUGUCAUAAGGCUGUUAGGUUAUAUGGAACAACACAAUUUCUCUUCAUUUGUUGUUUGCCAUGUGGGUUUGUUGUGCAAAACAAAGUGUUACUGCUCAUGAAGAACUUCGGUGCCGUAUGAAAUCUGCAUUGCCCUUCACCAGUUGUUUCAAUGUGUCUCCAUGUCAAUAAAGUCAUGAUGCAGCGUACUUGUAUGUAUUGUAUAAUCAUGCUAUUAUUGUACGUCAUAUAAAAUCCCACCCUGGUUUGCUACGGAGAAACUUAUUGUCAAUGAAUUCGGCAUGUCAAUGUUCCCCGACUCUGCUGGUGAUACUGUAUUUGGCCUGCACUCAAGGCCCCCGUUUUUUUUGAAACUUAUUUUUGAUUUAUAUUUCAUGACUUCAUCUGCAGUGUUGAUCCACUAUAUUGACUCACAGUUAAGGCCUCGGUGUAAGAACACCUCAUUCAAAUGAAUUCUAUUUUCUUUGCCUUAUUAUUUAUUGAUUUGUUUUUGCAUAUCGAACAUGAUGUUUUUAAUGGCUGUAUGUCUUUAAAUACACACAGAAUAUGCAAACUUGUAAUGGACAUUUCCCAUCCAAAGAUUUGAAAAGUAAACGUGAAAAGGUCAAUAUAAUGUAAUACCUGUUUUACUUGGGUAAUAAAGAAAAGAAAAUAACCAGA